AUGGAACGAAUUGGGGUUUUCUUGGUCUGUGUAAUGUUCCUUGGAGCAGUUUCAACGGCUUCGGUAAAGUAUAACAUUUGGAAUCUGGUUUUAACUUGCCGAAUUCCAGCAAACCUUGUAGAUUUGCUAAGCACAUCUUUCCAAGAGAAGUUGAGAUCGGAACUUGUCAAAGCAUGUUUGAAAUGAACCUUAUAAAUAUUAGAGCCUAGAGACAUAGUUAGCAAUGUAACGCAUGUUAAAGCUGGAAUUACUCCUAAACUUUUGCGUCGCUGCAAUGUUUUUUCAGACUCCGUGCAAAGCUUAUUUCUUUUGGUCAAUCAAAAUUGAAAAUAUAAACCACACACAACUUGAUUGCGUAUGGACCCAGUGACUUGCAAUCUAAUUAAGUUGAAUUUUCAUCAAUUUUAUUUCCUAAGAUUAAAGGAUACCCUUCGUUCGAACGUAUGCUGCACAAGGUGAGUUCAAAGAGGUAAAACAGGCAGCUAUGGAGGUGGGUUGGAGGCGGUGGCUGGGCCGGGCCGGGUAUUGUUCCCGGGGUGGGGUGUUUUGAUUGACCUUACCGGGGAAGGGGAUAUUUGAAUCUUCCUUUUUCUGAUGAGGCAACUUGAGACUGAGGCCAACAUGACAUUUUCUUGCUUCACAGUUGCUCCUUGUUUCCUGGAAAUCCUAAUGUUCACCAGAUUUUAAAACAAGGUGUUCAAAGAUUCUGGCUUUGUUUACAAUGAAAGGAGGUCUGGUAAAUCUUCCAGAUCAGAGGCCUACCAAAGGGUAGAAGCGCCAGGCACCAUAGCCCCGAAAACUGGCAGCAAUCCUCUUGGAAAGCAACCACAAUCAACCGAAAAAGAGGAAAACUGUGACAGCGACAAUCCAUUUUUGAAGUUUCGAAAUUGACAUUUGUUCACUUUUGCAUUUUCGCUCUUUUGUCAGCAAAAUAACAAACUCUCUUUUUUUAUUUUCAAACAUUUUAAGUUAUUUUCUUUGGAGGAUUCUGUUUAUUAUGGUAUUCACAUUUAACCAAAAGUCCCUUCAGGGAGGAAGAUUAAUAACAACUAAUGCUUUCCAGGCGCUAUAUCCUCCAUUAGUUUCAAUUGGAGUAUAACAAAAACUUAUGUUUAGCCGACAGUGACAUUUUUCCUAGCCUACCAGGUGACAUGCAGUCUCAGAGAAUGCCGAAAAAGCGACAGCACACCCCCCUCCCCCUUGGAAGGCCUCAAAUCAGACUUAGAAGGGAGUGGUGUGGCCUUUUGCCAUUUUUUCCUACUCCAUUCUCUUUGCACCAUCCCUACCCUCUGGACACGUGGAACAAUUUAUAACAGAGGGAUGAGGCACUGUGGCUGAGUUUUUGGCACAUCAGAUUUGCAAUCAGGAAGUCCCAGGUGUGAGUCCCACUAACAACCUCUGGCUGGAUUUGUUCUUGGUUGUCCCACGUUCAAAUCCUUGGGAUGUGUAGCUAGCCUGGGAUGGGUUGCAACUUUCACCAAACUCUCACUUGAAGAAUAUCGUUGACAGUUAUUAAAAAACUAAUUAAAUUUAAUUCAUUCUGAUCUCCUGAUUUGCUACAUUUUUGUUUACACUUUUGUCAUUCUCACAUAAAUAAUACACAGUAAAUUUAUUCUAUAGUUUUCAGGCAAGGACUGUGUUAACAAUGCCUAUCCACCCAAGGAAAGGUAUGGUAUUAAUCUAAUUUGAUAGAAAUAUAUAUUUAGGAAGUUUUUGCUAUAAUAUUGUCUCACCAGCCUGAGGACUGAGGAGGAUCAAAGUCAAUCGCAACAGUGUGGCCAAAGAUGUUUGAUUUGAUUGGUCAUACUGUGUAGUUUUAUAAAAUUAGAGCUACACACAAAACAAAGUCUACCUCGUGAAAGUACUAUUGAAGAAGUUUCUUUUUAAUGGUCACACAACAGUAUUUGAUCCGCAGAAACAAAAGUUAUAACUGCAUGAAAAUCAAUUUAGAACUAUGUGAAAGUACUGUUGAAGAGUCCAGAAGUGUGCAUGGGACAAGAGGAGGGAGAUUACCCGGGCCUUCCUCUUAACCAACAUUAGUUCCCUUUUGAAUCUCUGUAUUGUUUAUUGUUUUUAUUCCCUAGGAAAGUAGGCUGGGAAAUUGUGAACCUUGAUCUUCCUGCAAACCAGAGGUACAAUGAUCUUGCAAGCAAGAAAGUAAAAGAGGUGGAUCAUGUUUUUUGUUAAUCUGUGUUGUGGUCUGUGUUAUUUUUCGAGUUUAGUUAUGUGCAGAAUAUGGUAUCUAGAAAGUCUUAUAGCUAGCUCUUGGAAUAUUUGAAUCUCAAAAUCAUUUGUGGUGAUUGAAUCUCAAAAUCUUGAAGUAUUUUGUUUGGUUCUUUUAAUCUUGGAAUCUUAUACGUUUGCCCCAAACCCAGCUUGCAUUUUUCUUGUCAUCUUGGGGAUUUGCUUUUUGUCAGCCCUCUUUUUUUUUUCUUCAAUAAAAGCUUUUAUCAUUUGUUACGCGGGUAAUCUUUUAGAGGACAGGUAGCUUGCAAACCAAACUGGACGUAGGGUUGUCGGAACAGUAACAAGAAGAUUUAUUCCAAAAAUGAACGUAGUUUCCACGAAGUAAAACUCCACAACAGCACGUAACUCGAUAAACUUACAUGGCUUCUGCCAACUUCAAUUAACUUGAUAAACUUACAUGGCCUCCGCCAACUUGAAUAAACACUGCUUUCGUGACACUUGACUAAACACGAUUAACGUCAAACUCUCUUCGCUUGUGAAAACUAGUUAAGACUUAACUCGGACUCGCCUACUUAUAUACGUUUACAAUAAGAUUCUAGAACUUUCCAAAUAGUCUAAUUAUAGAAAGAUUACAAAAUAUACCGCUUUUAGAAACGCUUACAUAAGAUCCUAAAAUAAACAGGCUAUGAACUCUCGCGAAGCUUCUAGAAAGUCACGUUUAAAAGUCACGCAAUACAAUUUUUCGUAACAUCAUUUAACAUUGAACAAAAAACUCAGUUCUGAUUUUUUUUUUCAAAAUUGUGCGUUCUUGUUUUUAAGCUCCUCAAUUUGCUGAGCUACAUCAAGAACUUUACAAGCUUUAUCAUGGAUGGCAAGUUGUUUGGAAUUAUAGACAAGGACUUGGUAUGUUAACAUGAUUAUCUGGGCAUACUUGACUCCUUGAUCGCUUUGCUCCAUUUGAAGUAAUUUCUCCUAUAGUUCCCAUGCCAUCGCACUUGUCCCAAAUUCAGUCUACUUGGAUACUUGUAUUCGGUGAGGGUCAGUAAUUUCUAUCUAGCUAGGCCAGGGGUGCAAGCAGCAUACCACUUAUAGGCUCCACUGUAUUUUGGGCUGGGGUAUACAAGCCUGGCUAGUUUUAAUUCACAUCUUUAUAAAGUGGCCCUGUGGCCAUUGGCCUUGGGAAGAGUUUAUGCCUUUACUACAACUACACCAUCUGAACUUUGGACCUUAAUUUGUUAAUCUUUGCUUUGCAUAGGGUCCUCUAGCUGACACGCUUCCAGCGCCAUAUGGGGACGAAAUCAAGGGAUUAUCUCAAGCAACAGGAAUUCCUCUUGGUAUUAAGAAAUAAUUUAUCUUGCUGCUAUCUCCCCCACUGUUCAACAAGAGAUCUAUAAAAUUCUUUUUUUAAUAUUUAAUGUCCAGCUAUUUUUGUGUCAUUAUCCUCAUCGUCACUGUCAUGAACUUCCCCAACAGCAUCAGAAUUUGUCUUAUUUAAUGUUCGAAGGUUUAGCAUUUAUUCUUUUCUUGUCUUUCUAGGUGAAGUUGUGCUGUACAACAUUUUUUAUGAAGUUUUUACUGUUUGUACUUCUAUUGUUGCUGAAGAUAAAACAGGUGCAUUUUUAAGCUCCAUUUUUUUGAGUUAGAGAAUACUGGUUCUUUUCUUUUAUUCUGGUUUAACUGUUCAAGAAUAAGGUUUUACAGCCUUUAGAAGCAACUAUUGGUAAUUUAAGGUUUAUUUAAUCCUUACAUGCCUGAACCUUUUUUCCAGGGAAUCUGUUUCAUGCUCGAAACUUGGAUUUUGGUCUCUUUCUUGGGUGAGUUCAAUCUGACUUUCAAGCAUUUUAUCUGUCUAUUUGAGGUUUGAUUAAGAUAUUUGUAUUAGAUUUGUUAAGUUAAAAGUAGUGCUGCAAUUACACCACUUUUAACUUCUAAUCCGUUCUAUGAAAGUGUAUUCUUGGCUUCUACAUGUACUUCACAAUACCACUCCAGUUGCACCCUGGAGGGGUGGGGUGGGUACAAGGAAUACUGCAGGUAAUAGCGGAGCUGUCCUGCAUGCAAAGCUCUCACAGUGGAGUGCCAUGGGUAAUAAAAUUUGGUUACCGGUAUCUGUACAUCCAAGAAAUUUUGGUAACGACAAAAUCAUCUGUCUCAGGUCCAUUUUUGUGAGAGCUCCACUAAUUUGGCUUUGGCGAAUUUUUUUUUUUUUUAGGUGGGAUCAAAAGAAUGACACUUGGAUGUUGAGUGAAAUUCUUAGGACCCUUAUUGUCAAUAUUGACUACCGCGUAAGUAUCAUCGCCAAAAAAAAAAAUUAUUAUGGUCAGUGUGGCAUGUGGUCUAUUCCUAAUGAGAUAUUCCAUAGAGACUUGACAAUUACUUCCAACUUUGUUAAAUAGAACAAAUUGAUUACUACUGGUUCUUUAUUUUCAGAGAAAUGGCCAGACAGUGUACAAAACAGUCUCCUUUGCUGGAUAUGUCGGUGUCAUAUCAGGACUUAAGCCAGUGAGAAUUGCAUUUAACUUAUGAGAGACAGCUUAACAAUCUAACACAAGGGCCCGGUUUUUCAUUUUUGUGCCAGAUGUUUCUUAUGCAUUUUAAAUUAAUGUACUCACUAGUGGUAACAACCUACAGAGAAAAAGCUUUGUAUUCAGCACCCAGCUACAUAUGCCAACUCUCCCAAAUUACAUGUAUCUAAUAAUCUCCUUGAUAUGGCACAAAUCUUGCGGCCUCCCAUAUGGGUCACCAAAUCCCCUGGAUAAAAUCUAAUUUUCAGCAAGUUUCUGUGCUAAUUAGUUUGGAUCAAUUCAGCCCAUUUGUUUCAAAACUAAACAGAAUACAAUGUUUACAAUGAUAGUUCAGUUUCAGUGGCAUUUGGCAUGCAUUUCAUCCCUGAUGUUAUUUGUCAAAUAGCAAUGAAUAAUAUGAUCUGUAAAAUUCUCACAUGCUAUCCUGUGUUUGUGAAAAAUAGUAAUAAUUAUUAUUAUAAAGCUUAAUAAUUAUUGUUGAUUUUCAUUAGGGAGUGCUUACUCUCACAGUGAAUGAAAGAUUCAACAUAGAUGGAGGUUUUAUUGGUAAGAACUUAUUGAUCACUGAAUGCAGAGUAGCUGAAUAAUUCAGAAUAUAACAGUAAAUUAAUAUGAUAAGUGCUGAUAUUUUUUAUUGGAACCCUAAGAACCUUCCAGGUGACACGUACCAAUUCUACAUCUGUUUUAAAGCUUGAUUUUGGUAGAAAACCUCCAAUUUAUUCUUAUAGUAUUUUUGUAAGUUCUUGCAAUGUUAGAAAAAAUUUUUUACCGCUAAAUUAAAUAUAGCUAAUGAGGCCCCCUAAGGGCAGGAGGUAUGCACGUCCAUAGCCUGAAUUUCAAAUACGGUCGUUUUGCAAUGUGAGGAGUAGGCCCUGUUGGUAUUUAACCCAUCUUUAUGUUGUUUAUCGCCAUUUCAUCGAGACUUAAGUUGCUGUUUCAGGGCCAUGUAGCUUUUCAGAAUUUGAUCCUACUAGGGUCUCGCUAAUUAAGUAAGGUCAAGAGAAGAACUAUGCUUCAUUGACUGACAAAAUAUCAGCGAGUUUAUGCAACAGGCAGGGCCGUACCUAGGAUUUUUUGUCUGCGGGGGCAAACUCCGCACACCUUCACAGGGGUCUCCCGUAUACAGACAGUGUUUCUAGUCGGACGUUUUGUUUUCACCCCUACACAGAAGGUUGCCUCUAAGACCUUUAAGGAAACAAACCACACUGAUACUUUUUUUUUAAUUGUCAUGAUUUAUUAUGGCAUAAACACCUUGUUUGGUUUGAAAUUGCCCCCGAGGUCUCUGCUACACAAUGAUGAUUUAUAUACCAUCUUUAACUCAAGCUAUACUGUGAACAGAAGUUUAACACUUUGUAUGGAUGGUUUCAAAAAUGGGUUGAAAGCCUUCGUUAGUUUGAACAGAGAUUGGCUUUAAGGAACUGAGCUAAAAUUGCAGGUUUCGGUAUCAGAAUACCAAGUCUCAAAAACGAGUCUAUAUUAGGCUGUUCUAGAUUCUUCUCCAAUUUGACUUCAUGUCAUAGAUCUCUUUUGGAGUGGGAAUGAAGUCCGUUCCGCGAUGAAUUAACAGCAUAGCAAGGCCACUUAAUCGAUUUUCUGUCAUUGAUGACCGAGUCCAUAACUUUAGACGGCGUAGUGCUGAGAAGGAGCGUUCGCAACUGACGCUUCCGACAGGCGUGGUUAGAAAGAUCGACAGCACCUUGUGAAUGGCGGGAAAUUCUUGCGGACUGCAAUCAGGCAUUGCUCCCUCUUGUUCUGACUCUGGCUCCAUCGCGUGUUUCAUCCUCCACCUUGCCAGCUCUGCGUCAAAAUUAGACUUCUCCGAGAAAUCUAGAUGCUUGCUGAAGUAGUUCUUGAUCUUCUCGAUAUGCCUGUCAGUUAACUUGGGCAAGUACAAAGGGAACAGGUUUUGAGCGGUAAUCAGGCCUUCGUGCUGGACUGAAAAUCUCGUUUCAAGUUCACUGACAACGUGAUCUAUAAAUGGAUAGAACACAUUAAUCCUGUAGUAGUCUGAUGGCUGAUCGUUGUGUGCGGCGUUUGCUCGAUGGCGUUGAACAGUCGUUGUACGAGGCUUUAUCAGGGUGACGUUGAUAGAGUCAGCUACCUGGCUGAUUCGACUCCACACCUUCUGCCAGGAUUCAUCGCCUCUUGCUGAUUUAAUGCAUUCUUUGGCGAGAGUUACGCUUUGGUAUGCAUCGCCAAGGUUACAGCUCUUAGCUUGUAGGGACUUUGUUACUUGGGCUAAAAAUGACAGAACAAACUGAGAUACUGUCAAAGCGACUAUGAAUUCAGAGUCUUGGAGAAGACGUGAAUAAGCUGAAGCAUCACGUUUAGCAUCGCCACUGCUUGAUGACGAAAUUUCAUCCAGAGCUAGAAGUACAGAGCCAUAUUUAGCAAGAAGAGCAGAGAGGGUAGUAACUUUUGCACUCCAACGAGUAGCACAGAAUUUCGGUACAGUCUGUCGCUUGCUUCCUUCCUCCAAUGUUUUGGCAGAUUCAUCUUCUUCGUCUUCAUCAGCACAUGCAACUAGAGCGCUCAACAGUUCACUGUCAUCGGAGGCCGCGGCUGUCUGAAGAAAUAUUUCUUUCCUUUUGGCGCUGCCACUAAGAAACCACGUAAGUUUGCUGACGUUAUCAAACAGAUUCUGAAUGGAUCGCACAGCUUUGCAACCACUCGAGAUUGCAAGGUUCAAAACGUGGGACCUGCAGUGAACGUACGUGGCAUUAGGGUACUUCUCUGCAACUUUAGCUUGCACCCCAUUCCUACUUGAACUCAUGACGCUUGCUCCAUCAUAUCCUUGGCCAACUAAGCCGGACAUAUUAAAGCCCCAUUCUUGUAGUGCGUGUAACAAGGUAUCCGCAAUGGUCUGGGCAUCCAAUUUUUCAAGCCUUACGAAUCCAAUAAAUUCUUCACAAACUUCAUUUUUACUGCUCAGAUAUCGCACACAUAUACUGAGUUGUUCAGUUGUAGAACAAUCUUGCGUUUCGUCGGCCAUUACACUCCAAUACUUUGGUAUUGAUGCUCGGACACGGUUUCUAAUGAAACUGUCGCACAAAUUGAUUAUUUCGUUCUGAAUCCUCGGAGACGUGUACUUAGCAUUACCGGAAGCAUGAUCCAAAUGGUCUUUGAGUUCUGGAUCAUAUUUGGAUUUCCAGUCAACAAAGAAGGAGAAAUUCCCAUCUUCAUUUUUAGAGGGAUCCCAAUUGCCUCUUAAUGGAAUGCCCCUCUGUCCUAAUGCAAUGACUACAUCAAUAAUAGACACGACGCCUUUCAUUGUGCGAUGCUGUUGCUCGGCUGCCUGUCUUUGUAGUCUUGCACUGAUGUCAUUGCCUGGGCGGCGUGUCUUAAGGAAGUUAGUCAUCUUUUCCUCUGAAAGUUGGUGUUCUUCACUGCGCGCAUGGGUGUCAAGGCGCUCAUCACCUGCUUUCUUCCAGUUUUUGAAGCCUUUUGAGAUAAAUGGCGAUUCAUUUGGAACAGUAUUGUUGGAAAAACAUAUACAAUAGAUACAGUGAGCUGUGUCAUUUCUAAUGCUGUAACGCAGCCAUGGCCGCUUCUCCAUCCAUGAUAGUUGGAAACGCCUUCCGGCUGUUGUCGGAAACUUGAAUCCGUGAGGAAAGCUAUUCUUUAAGGUUAGAAGCUCAAGCUUUUGGUCGUCUGAUAAAGUUUUACCGGUAUAAUUCGCUGGGUCAUUGGGAUCUCUAACACAUGGACUUGGGUCUGCAAACAAGUUAAUAAAAUAAACGCGAGCUGCGACUGACUGUUUAUUAAAAACAAGAGCUGUCAUAUAUAUAUUUUUCAUUAACACUUUCUUUCUUCAGCCAUUACUACUCCAUUUCCCAUAGAACCUAUUACACAUGAGUCUCUAUUUAUUCUACCUCAUCAUCAUACAAAAAUCGCGGGAGGUUUACUCGUUUGACAUGAUCUAACAGAUCCUCCCCAAACUCUACAUGUUUAAAAUCUUGUACAAAUUCUUCCCACAAGUUACGAGGCCCACAGCAUGAUGAAAAUAAACCCGCCAGCAGUUUGCGCUGCUGCAAAACAUCGCGGGCUUGUUCUACUGUUAUUGAGCCACACCAAUUGGCAACUACGUUCCUUACGUCAGGCAGACUCCUGAUUAUGGAAACGAGUGAAUUUCCUGUUAUCUGAAAACAAUUCACCAUUUUCAAAACCUGCAGCCCUCUCUUGUUUUUAAGGGAUAGUGUUAAACUACUUUCCGUCACAUUUUGGCAGCUUUUUGUGUCAAGGUAUCCCAAAAAUGGCAUGCUCUGUAUAAAAUACAAAAUGAAAAUUGACGUAUUGUACGCCAGGUCUGAGUUGACAAGGUUGACACAAUCGUUCAGGGCAUUUUCUAUCAGAUUCCUGAAACCUAAUUGUCGUUGAGAAUAACGAAAACGGAGAUGUGUUUUAUGUUUAGCGUGCCCCAAAACAGAAUAAAAUGAAGAAAGUGUAAAUUCUGAAUUAGUAUCAACUAUCUUCCAAAACUUUGGUGUAUGGACGGCUUGGUGAAAGAGUUUGCACACUGGUGCCAGUUGCUUAAGUCGUUCCUCUAUUGAAAACCACUUAAAAAUUUCCACCAGAACUUCAAUGGGCCAGGGGUUUUCUUCUAUCAUUAUUCCACCUAAAAGGAAAAUACUUAUGAAAAUACUUAUACAUGUAAAAGAAAAUUAAUCGCUACGUAACCAUCACAAAUAGAUUAUGCAACUUAGCUUCUUCAGUCAAUCAUAUCAAUAAGUCCUCCAAAAAUCAGAGUACCGUUGACGCUAUUUCGCACAACGCUGCCAAUGGUUUGCGAAGACCGAAUCUAAAGUCAAAUGAUAAAUUCUUUCAAUUGUAUUAAACGUACCUUCCGUGCUAGUCGAUUCCUCACUUGUUUCGUUCUCAUCAUUGUUCUCAUCAUUGUCCUCAUCAUUGGAGCUAUCGAAUUUUGAAAAGUUAAGCUUAAUUUCAUAGAGUAUUCAAUCACUGGACGGUUAAAUUGCCAUGUUGUUUUGUCCAAUCUACAAAACUGUGAAGUGGCUCACCGAUUUUCAUACUACAACGAGCUAAGAAUGAACACAGCAACCAAGGCAACUAUUAGAUGUAUUAAAUAACACACGUUGUAGUUUGAUACUUACCUUUUUUUGGCGUCAAAGAAGUCCAUUAUACCUCGUUGAGCGGGAGCCGGGCGCUUUCUUCCCGACAUUUUCCCAGCGGAUUGAGAGAGAAACGUUUUGGAAACGUUGGCAAGAAACAUGCGUCAACUGUUUCCCGCCAAAUGCUAAACCACAGGCAGCCCAAAUUACAUAAUCAUUAUUGUCAUAACUCGUACUGGCUUUUGCCUCGAAAGAUUUUCCAAAAUAAUUAUUUGGAAUUUACAUUGAAGGACGAUUUUUCAGUCAAUUAGUCGGUUUUCUUGAGAUUUCGGAACAAUAUAGCUAAAAGAAAUAGCCCAACAAAAUCAAACACUAUGUUAGAAAAACAAAACAGUUUUCCUGGCGGGGGCAACUGCCCCCCCUGCCCCCCCGCUAUGUACGGCCCUGACAGGACGGCAGGAAGAAGAGGAUGGCAAAGCGCUUGUGUGUGACAAACAUGAUGGGGCUAUUUAUUGCGUGUUUUGUCGUGAUUUUCACUUAACAUUAAGGUUUUCUGGUCUUUAAAUGAAAAGAUCUGUUUUAAGGAAAUUAAAGUUUGGCAAAAAAUUGUUUCAAACAAAAUUUUUCUCACACUUUGUCACACAAGCUUUGCCAUCUUCUUUCCCCUCCCAUCCUGUUGCGUAUGAAAAUUCACUAAUAUUGUGAUAGCAUGUUAAAUUGCAUCGCAUCUAAAUAUUAUUAAAUAAUUUAGCAUAAUUAUUUUAGACUCAGUGUGCCAUCACAUCUUGUAACUUACAGGGAUUAUAGAGUGGAUACUUGGUAAAAGAAAUGCAAAAUGGUCCACUUUUCUUACACGUGAUGUUCUGGAAAAUGCAGCCAGGUAAUUAUAAGCUUAAACAUUUCUCAAACAUGUUCAUUUUCAUUUCUGCAAAGCUUUGUAAUGGAGGUUUAGUCUAGAAAAACUUUUGGAGACAUAUACUAUGGUGUAAAAAGAUGUAAUCCUAACUUGUAAGUUAAUGUGGAUAAUAUCCUGGGCUCAUGGUGGCCUUUGAAAUGAAACAUCUUUGAAUUCAGUAGCUUAUAGUGCAGUGGUGCUAUUAAUUUUGUGUUGUACAUUGUAAAUGUCGUUCUAACUUUUCGUCUGGUGGAGAAAUCAAGUGAAAGCUACAGUUGGUACCUUGCUUGGUACCUGUAUUUUGUCUUUCAGCUUACAAAACAAAGUUGUUAUAUUUUCUCAUGACAUUUCAUUAAAUUUAGCACUCUUGACCAUUUUUUGUAACUUUUGAAGUUAAUAUACACAAAUAAAUACAAAGUAUUUGUACUCUGUGAUGAGGUUUGAAGAAUAGAGUCUGUUUCCUGCCAGUGUCAAUCUGAAAGAUAAGUCAUGUGUUGAUUAUGUUGAACAUUGAAUAAUUGCUUUGUUUUUGUCAGUUUUAAAGAGGCUCAAGAUAUGUUGGCAAAUGAUGAAGUGCUGGCUCCAGUUUAUUACAUUCUUGGGGGAACUAAAUCUGGCGAGGUAACAUUGCAUUUGAUUUAAUUCCGAAUGCAAGCAGCUCUGAUUCUUGUUUUGAAACUCAGUGACUUAGUGAAGCCAUUUGCUGAGCUCGCUGUUGCAUACUAAAAGCAACUUUGUGAUUUCUUUUGAACGUUAAUGAGUAUGGUCAUAUCUUUGUUUAGAUUUAUUUAGACCUGUUUUGUGUCAUCUUACAGGGUGUAGUCAUAACACGUUCUCGAACAAAGUGCCUGAACCAGAUGAGGUAAAUUGUCAAGUCUUACUGUUAAUGGUGCUCAGAAACAAUUGUUGACAGUCAUGCAUGGUUGUGUGUUUAUUUUACCUCUUUUAAUUUGAAAACAUCUUGUACAUUGCCAGAGUUACAAAUAAAAUCCAUGCAAAUGAUCACAGUAAAAUUAAUAUAAUUGACAGGGGUGGGUGAGAAAAUUUUCAACUAGGGUUGCUCUGUUCAUUACACUAACACAAUUAAGUGGUCAUCUACACCUUUGAAAUAGAAGUACUAUCUACUAUUUUUUAUCUUAAAUCAUUCUGCAGCUAACAAAAAAAUGGAAAAAAGUACCAGACAUUAAAAUCAAUUCAUACCAAUAAAAAAUGUUAGUGUUAGUAAUAAAUUUAAUGAUUUAGUUGUUUUGGAUGAUUUCAGAAUUUAUUAGAAUCACAUGACACUAUUGUGCUUGUUGUAUUAUUUUUGUAUUUCAGCCUCAAUCCAUCAAAUAAUACCUGGUUUGUCCUGGAGACAAACUAUGACAACUGGGAACCACCACUAGUGAUAGAUGACAGAAGGACCCCUGUGAGUUGAAAAACAAUCCUAUGUUAACCCCUUAAUAUCCAGAUUCAAAAUUGUCGGACUGAUCUUCUUAAAUUUCCUGCAAGACCCAGUUGGGACAAUUUCAUAUAAGAUCAAAGCAUUUCCCUUUUGAAAAUGCUUGAUGCCUAAAUCGACUGUUAAACCUAUCUCAUUUAGGUUGACCCAAAUGGGUAGUAAGUUCAUUACGUGGGAAUUUUGACGUUUGAACUGGGUCUUAUUGCAUUUCAGGGAGAGUUUUAAUAUUGCCGUAACCUGUCAGUCUGCUUCACCGCUGUUCUUUGUGUCGUCAGGCAAUGUUCCUCCCCAUUAGUGGGGAGGAGCAUGGCCUGACGACACAAAGAAUGGCUGUGGAUCAGACUGGUAACCUGUGCACUUGGCGGCACUCCCAGCUAUUGCUGCCAAUAUAAAUUAAUGUUGUGAUUUGAUGCCUCAGGGUAUUGUUGAAAUAAUCAUGUAUUUUGAAUGAUUUUUGUUCUAGGGCAAAGCAUGCAUGAACAAAAUGGGACAAGAGGUAUAAUUUACAUUUUCUAUUCAACACAUUUAAUACCCCAUCUUUUCACCACUUUACAAAAGAGAAGAGAACUGGGAUCAAAAUCUGCAAUCAUUAUAUUCCCUUAUAACAGUCCCAGAACUCUUUGAAAAUGUUAACUCUGCCCAGUUCCUUUCUCAUUUCUAAAGUGACAAAUGACACGGCAUUUCAGGUGUACCAAUGUGUUUUUUUUUUUGGCGUCAAACAGGGUGUGUCCUUCAAAGGCCUCUACAAUGUACUUUCCACACAACCUGUACUGAACAAGGUGAGGAACAUCACAUUUGUUAUUAUGAUGAUUAAGCAGACUCACUACACGUUUUUCAACUGUGGCAGGAUUUGCUCAGUCGUUAGAGCACUUGACUGCAGAGCCGGAGGUUGUUGAUUCCAUUCAUGGGGCCACACCAAUGCUCAUGGUCUUAAAAUAAGUGAGAAAUGAAGGUUUUCCAGCUCUUUGCACUGCAAAUGCCUAGACCUUUGUGUGGCAUGGCUGGCCAUGUAAAAUGGUGGUUCCAUCUCCAGUGGGAGAGAAAAAAUAGUGUCCUUAAUUAGUAUGUUAGUGCUAAAUACAUUAACACUGAAAUUAAGUGCUUUUUGUCAUUAUUGUUAUUAUUAUUUUUCCUCAGCUUACAACCUACACCACACUAAUGCAAGCAAGCACUGGCACUAUGGAGACAUACAUCAGAUUCUGCAAAACACCCUGUUUCCCUUGGUGAACAGAAAUGUGGAAUUGAAAAAUAGGCUAACUACGCAUACAAUAGACACUAAGACAGAGUCUACAGGCCUUACAAGGGGGGACCAGUGAAGACUCAAUAGGAUUAAGCUUGUGUAUGAUUAAACCUAUUCUGUGAAUAAAUUAUAAUAAUUCUAAGGUUUUGGUUGGACUUGGGGUGUAAAAUGUAUGUAUGGAAACAGGAAAGGUAGCUGUGUAUUUGUUGCUUAGUGUUAUAAUUAACACCAGCCCAUUGGUCUUUAACCCCUUAAGGGCCAAUAUCCACAUACAUCCAAUUCUCCUGACUGAUCUCUAUCUGGAGCCCAUACUAAGUCCAUGCAACAGCAGUUUUACAGAUCAAGUUAUUUUCAGCAUCAUUAUUUUUGGAGCACUUUUUCCCAUAAAAAUGGAAGACCAUUCCAUAUGCGUGUGCAUCCAUAGUAAGUAUUAAGUAAAUGCUAUAUAUAUCAGAAAUACUAUUUUCUAGUCUCUGUUUUCUGAUGACUGAUUUGUAAGACUCAUUUGAUGUUCAAAACUCGCAGGAAAAUAAAAAUAAAAUAAUUAUUAAAAGAUACUGGUCAGUGAAACUGCCGUUGCAUGGGCACAAGGGAGUUACUCUUUCCCAGUUAUGGGUUUCUGUCUCCAUACAUUUCCCUUAAUGAAAGUGAAAACAUUUGUUAACUGAUCAAAGGACUUUCCCUGUGGUGAUUAUUUUAUUGAUUCUCAUAAUGUAUUUACUUUAUAAUGUAUUGAUAUCAUUAAGAGAAAAUAGAGGUUGAUCAUCCUUGGGACUUACAAGGUUUAUAAUAAAGACCUGUGCAUUCACAGGUGCAGCCUACUUGUGAUUAUAUAAAGUUUUAAAUACAGGAAUGAAAAGAAUACUAUAUACAGUCAUGGUAAAGAAUAUUGGUAUGGUGAUAUUAUUACAAAUUAUUUAUAUAAUUUUCCAUUCCAAAAAGAAAAAGUUUUGUCAAAGCUUUUUCCUUGAAUUCUCUGUCCUUUGCAUUGGUAUUAAUUUGUUAACCAAUAAAUACAAUUUAGAAGUUUGAUAUUACCCCUUUAAUACUUGUUCAAUGAAAUUUUGGUAAUGUUGUAUUGUUUUUGUGAAUACGGAUUUUGAUAAUUUUUGUCUUUUUUGAGAAAUAAUAUUUAAAGGACUCAGUGCAUUAUGUGGGUUUUAAAGUACAAUGUAUUUGGAUAUUUGUUAUUUUUUAUAGUCAUUAUUUUAAGGGUUUGAUUGGAUUGCAUCACAAUUUAUGUAUGUGGCCACCAACAAUAAAAUUUUUUUUUACUGAUAUUGUUUUAAUUUCCAUAUCCCAUCUCUAACUAACCUGUUCCAGGCUCCCAGACAGUAACGAGG